AUGGGCAGGCCAAGAGGAGGAAAGGCUAAACGGCCGCCGUCGUCCCAAGCUACCAAGAGCGAAGAUGCCGAUGCCGGCAGCGGCGGCGAAGAGGAGGAGGCCGUGAUGCCAGCCUACAAGAGGAGGGGACGGCCGCAGAAGCACUACCACAAGGCUGAUGAUGACACCGACGACGAGGAGGACGACGCUGCCGCCAAGGCCGAGCCCAUGCUGGAGGACGCGAAACAACCGGUCGUGCCGGUGGCCAUGGCCGCCUCGCCGGAGAACGACGGAGGAGGGAAGAAGAGGCGGCGGCGGCGGCAGCCGAAGCGCGGCUGCGACUCGGCGACCGAGGAGAAGGACGAGGCCGUGAAGCUGAAGCAGAGCGGAUUCCGGCAUCAUGGGAGCCGCCGGAAGAGCACCCCGCGGCGAGCUGCCGAGGCAGGAGUGGAGUGCAAGUGA